AUGGCACCAGGAGAUGAAGAAAAAACAGCCUUCAUAACUCCUCACGGGCUCUACUAUUAUAAAGUCAUGCUAUUCGGACUCAAGAACGUUGGGGCCAAGUAUCAGAGGUUAAUGACCAAGAUUUUCAAGCCGCUGAUCGGCGACGUUGUAGAGGUAUACGUCGACGACGUGGUAGUCAAAAGCAAAACCCGAGGCGAACACACCCAGCAUUUGCAGAAAGUUUUUCAUUUAUUGAGAAAAUAUGGCAUGAAGCUUAACCCAGCCAAAUGCGCAUUCGGUGUAAGCUCAGGGAAGUUCCUGGGUUUCAUGGUUACCCAAAGAGGAAUCGAAAUCAAUCCAGAUCAGGUGAAAGCGGUCGCGAACAUGCUUGCACCAACAAACAAGAAGCAGUUGCAACGCCUCACUGGCAAGUUCGUCGCUCUCGGACGGUUCAUAGCUCGAUUCACAGACAAGAUGAAGCCUUUCUUCCUGGCACUCAGAGAUGUCAAUAAAUCCGGAUGGACGCAAAGCUGCCAGAAUGCUUUUGAAGAAAUCAAGCGGUAUCUUUCUCAACCCCCCAUUCUAAGCAGUCCGCAACCUAGGGAAAGACUAUACCUGUAUCUGGUAGUUACGGAUUGGGCUGUUAGUGCGGUCUUGAUCCGUUCCUUGUCGCCCCGAGAGCAAAGACCUGUAUAUUUCAUCAGCAAAGCGCUUGCUGAUGUAGAGACAAGGUAUUCAACGAUGGAACAGACUGCCCUGGCGUUACGCACGGCCGCUCAGAAACUGUGUCCCUAUUUCCAAGCUCACCCCAUAACCAUACUCACCAAUCAACCCCUCAGAAACGUUCUACAUAAACCAGACAUAACAAGGAGGAUGCUACAAUGGGCGAUAGAGCUGAGCGAAUAUGGGAUAGAGUAUCAACCCAGAUUAUCCCUGAAAGGACAAGUCAUGGCAGAUUUUAUAGCAGAGUUGCCCGAAGAGAGUGACCCGGACAAAGAAUUGACUCCGGAUGAUUGGUGGUCUCCGCAUGUUGAUCGAGCCUCCCGCUCAUCCGGAUCAGGAGUCGGACUCCUCCUCAAAGCGCCAACCGGUGAACGGUUGGAUCAAUCCAUCUAUCUAGAUUUUCCCACCUCAAACAAUGAAGCUGAAUAUGAGUCCAUCCUAUCCAGGUUAGGCCUUGCAACCACUUUGAAUGCCUCAAAAGUCAAAAUCCACAGCGACUCCCAGCUUGUCGUGGGGCAAAUAGUAAAAGAGUACGAGGCCAAGGACGAGCGCAUGGCCAAAUACUUAUUGAAAGUACAAGAAUCACUCAGCCGGCUAGGAGAGUGGGUCAUUGAGAAAAUCCUAAGGGGAGAUAAUGUGCAAGCCGACGCUUUGGCAGGAAUAACCGCAUCAUUUCCCGUGAAAGAAUCAACAAUGAUACAUGUAUACAUUCAAAUCACUCCCACCAUCGCUGAAUCACACGUUUGCAAUGUGGGCCCAAAGAAAGACGACUGGGCGGUUGACAUCAGAGCGUAUUUACAAACGGGGGCACUGCCUAAAGAUCCCAAGCACGCUCACAAAAUUCGGAUACAAGCAUCCCGCUUUACCCUAAUCGGGGAUGAUCUUUAUAGGUGUUCCUUCGGAGGUCCGUACCUCAGAUGCUUGAUCCAGCCAGAAAUCCAAUAUAUUCUAUCCGAACUUCAUGAAGGCGUUUCCAGCAACCACUCAGGGAGCAGAACCUUAGCGCACCGGGCGCAUUCACAAGGAUAUUAUUGGCCCAUCAUGAGGCAAGAUGCAGAGAUCUAUGUAAGAAAAUGCGACAAAUGCCAAAAACACGCGCCAAUCCCGCAUAUGCCUGCUGAGAUGUUAAACUCAAUGACAAGCCCCUGGCCUUUCGUACAAUGGGGGAUGGAUAUCGUGGGACCUUUACCCAUUGCAGCCGCUCAGAAGAAGUUUCUGCUCAUUGCUACCGAUUAUUUCAGCAAGUGGGUAGAAGUUGAAGCCUACGCAAGCAUCAAAGACAAGGACGUCAAAAGGUUCGUCUGGAAAAAUAUAGUGUGUCGGUUUGGAAUCCCUCAGGCGAUCAUAGCCGACAACGGCCCUCAAUUUGAUAGCUCUGCCUUUAAAAUUUUUUGCGUUGAACUUCACAUCAAAAACCUGUAUUCCACACCGCGGUACCCUCAAAGCAACGGUCAAGCGGAAACGACCAAUAAAACCUUACUGAAUGCGUUGAAGAAACGGUUGGAAAAAGCCAAAGGGAAGUGGGUAGAAGAGCUGCCUGGCGUCCUAUGGGCCUACCGGACCUCACCCGGAAGGCCGACCGGGAAUACCCCAUUUGCCCUUGCAUACGGAACAGAUGCCGUCAUCCCAACUGAAGUGGGUAUGCCUAUAGUCCUGACUGCCGUCCAAAGUCAAAGAAAUGAAGACGACGAGCUUGCAAGGCACUUGGAUUGGGCAGAUGAGGCUAGAGAGGCAGCAUCCAUUCGAAUGGCCGCAUAUCAACAAAAGGUAGCUGCAUAUUACAACAGGAAGGUGCAACCUCGAAUUUUCAAGGAAGGGUCAUUGGUGCUUAGAAAAAUCUUUGAAAACACGGCUGAGACAGGAGCCAGAAAAUUUCAGGCCAAUUGGGAAGGUCCUUAUGUGGUAUCAAAAGCCAACGAAAAUGGGUCGUACCAUUUGCAAACCUUAAAUGGAACCCCUCUACUCCGCCUUUGGAAUGUAGCCAAUCUAAAGCAAUACUACCAAUGA